AUGACGCGCGCAUCGACACCCCCGGUUCUUUUACAACUGCAAACUGCGGAUUCCCCCUCCUCGCAAGCGGCCGCCCUUCGGACGCUGAAAAACGAGACAAUUGGCCAUGAUCAACGCAAAGAGGCCUGGAUUCGAUGGGGCAUCGUCCCAACCCUUGCCAAGAUACUCACCUGCCGACUGCCCGGCGAUAAGACACCGGCCACAUCGGACAUCGAUGAGACGGCCUCAGACCGUGACCACUCCCGUCCGAGGUCGGAAGGGGACGAGGCUUGUCUGCAAGCGAUCAUCGUCGUAGGUAGUUUGGUACAAGGUAUUUAA